AUGGAAUUCGAGAAGAUCAAGGUGGCCAAUCCGAUUGUUGAAAUGGAUGGAGACGAGAUGACUCAAGUUAUUUAUUUAUUUCCGCAGCUUAUUUUCCCCUACCUGGAGUUGGAUAUCAAAUACUUUGAUCUCGGACUGCCUAACCGCGAUUCUACUGAUGAUAAGGUUACUAAAGAGAGUGCUGAAGCUACUCUAAAGUAUAACGUGGCAAUCAAGUGUGCGACGAUUACUCCUGAUGAAACUCGUGUUAGGGGGUUUGGUUUGAAAAAAAUGUGGAGGAGUCCUAACGGAACUAUAAGGAACAUUUUAAACGGCACGGUCUUCAGGGAACUUAUAAUUUGCAGAAAUAUCCCUUGCAUUGUACCAGGAUGGACUAAACCAAUCUGUAUUGGAAGGCAUGCUUUU